AUGAGGCAACAGUCGGCAGCCCUGGCAAAAGACAUCGCCUGGCGAAAAGCGACUGGCGAGCACAAUGCGCUGGCGAAGACAGGCGGGUUGCGGAAUGGCAUUCUUACGUGUCCAGCGGCGCCGCUCUCCUCCAACCAGGCGGUUCUCGCCACCCCUCGUGACGACACAGUCAUGGCCGGCGGAACUGGGCCUAAUCACUGCGACGCAAAGGCGACUGUCUGGCACGCGAGCCAUUCCAAGCAUACGAUA